GCAACCGACUCGUCAACACUUCAGUUCUUGAAACGAGGUGCAUGUAGGAAACAACUCUCAACCCUUGCCUCUCAAAACAUUUUAUGUUUACAAAAUUGAAAGAAAAAUAAUUCAUUUUAUUUAAAUUAAAUUUAUUUUCUUGUUCUCAUCAGUUUUUUCGUGUGUGUGAAUUUUUCUUCCCAGUAGGGAUUUUGUUAAACAUCAUGUCGCAAUUGGUUGAGAAUAUCUAUAAUGCCUAUCGAGAUCUCAUGGACAACAAAAGUGAUCCAAGGGUCAAUGACUGGUUUCUAAUGAGCAGUCCUUUUCCAACUUUAAUUAUAUGUCUUUCGUAUGCGUAUUUUGUCAAAAGAUUGGGACCAAAACUCAUGGAAAACAGAAAGCCAUUUGAAUUAAGAAAAACAAUGAUCUACUAUAAUCUUUUUCAAGUUAUAUUUUCAUCAUGGCUAUUUUAUGAGUCAUUAGCCUCUGGAUGGGGAGGACAAUAUUCCUUGAAAUGUCAACCUGUCGAUUACUCGAGAAGUCCCAUGGCAAUGAGAAUGGCGAAAGGAUGCUGGUGGUAUUAUUUUUCCAAGUUCACUGAAUUCAUGGACACAAUCUUUUUCGUCAUGAGGAAGAAGUACGAUCACAUCUCAACGCUACAUGUUAUUCAUCAUGGUUGCAUGCCAAUGUCCGUUUGGUUUGGUGUCAAAUUUACACCAGGUGGCCACAGUACAUUUUUUGGACUUUUGAACACAUUCGUUCACAUAAUUAUGUACAGUUACUAUCUUCUAUCAGCAUUGGGUCCUAAAAUUCAACCCUAUCUCUGGUGGAAGAAAUAUUUAACAGCAUUACAAAUGGUUCAAUUCAUUCUAGUAAUGAUUCAUGCCUUUCAAUUAUUAUUCAUUGACUGCAAAUAUCCAAAAGCAUUUGUUUGGUGGAUUGGAAUGCACGCUGUUAUGUUCUAUUUUCUCUUUAGAAAUUUCUAUCAUGAAACUUAUAAGAAGAAUAAGGAAAAAUUGUCAGCAAUUAAUAAUAAAAAGGAAAAUUAUAUUAAGGCAAAUGGAAAUGGUACAAAUAGCGAAAUUUAUGUUAAUCAUUAUAAAAUGACAACGGGUUACAUAUCUGACAAUGGUAUGAGAAAUCGUGUUUUCAUUGAUAAACAGGAAGUUGAACAAUGAAUCGUCAUUUUCAUUAAAGAAAAAAAAGAAAGACUCGUUCAAACUUACAGAGGGUACUUAAUUUAUAAGAACAUUUAUCAUUCAUUUUGGCUGUGAUAAUGUGUCUUUGGACAGGGAGAUAACAAAAAAAAGUUCAGAGAAAGAAUCAUUGCGAUCGCGAAAAAUCGAUGUUUAGACUGAUUCUAAGAACUUUAAAUGCCUAGAAAUUUAUUUUUUUUUUCAAAUUGGAUUUUGAAGAAAAAUUGAUAAUGCAUUAUUUUCUAUGAUAAUCACGUUUGUCAAUUAAUAAAAAAUUUUGAAGGCAUUCAUUUGUGUGAGAAAUAGUAUGGGAUGUUACUUUUUUGCAUAUAGGGAUUAAGAUCUUUUGUUCAAUGAUCAAAUCAUAUAACAACAAAUCAUGAACAUUAAACUAAAUUUUUUAUAUUUAUAAGUCAUUUUAAGAAUCAAGUUCUUCACAACGAAAUGCAUCUCAGGUCACUAUUUAACUAUUUUAACCUUACAUAUUAUGUAAAAACCAAGAGAAUUUUUGUAUCAAAUUUUUAUGUUAUUUUCGAAUGAUAAACAUUUCUUUUAAUUAAAAAUAUAUUUAAAAAAUCUUUUGUCAAUUAUUAAUUAUUAUACAAUUAAUAUUUGACAAAAGAUUUUUUUUAAAUUAGUCAGGUGUCAAUGAUGUAAAAUUAAUAUUCAAUUAUUAUAAAUUUUUUCUUUUUUUUCUCUCUCUUUUUGAUCUCGUGAUUAAAAUAAGUUAAUUCAUUCAUCAGUAGUUGGUAAUAAGGUUCACUUUGAUUCAAUAUUCAUAAAAUUUUUGUUAUAUUCAAAAUACAUACAUGGAGAAAACGAUCACUAUAGCAAUAAUAUUUAUUUCCGUUUCGAUUUUAAGGUUUAAUGUAAUAUCAUAUGUUAAUUUUGUAGCUUUUAUAAUAUGAAAAGUACAAAAAAAUGGACGAAAAACAUAUUAAGAAUUAUUUUUGUCAAAUAUAUUAUUUAAGUAAAUUUUCGCUAACUUUAAAAAUUAUUUGUGGAAUUGUAAAACAUGUAAACACAUUUUUUUUUUUUUUUUAUUUCAACAGAAGGAAAUUUAGAUUAAAUUAUAAAUUAGUGAGUUAAUUUUAUAGAAAAUUAAACUAAUUAAUUAGUUUAAUUAUAAUAAUAGUAAAUCUUAAUUUCGAAUAUUUGAAAAUUAAUUUGCAAAUAAGAAUUAUAAUUUUCUUAAAUAUAAUUAGUUAAUUGAAACAAUUUUUUUGUAACCUUUUUUCAUAAAUGUACAUGUAUAUAAAAAAUGUGUAAAUAAACUUUGAAAUACCAUUAUUAAAAAAAAAUAUAAAAAAAUGAAUCAAU